CACCCCGCGGUCUGCUGCGCGGUCCCGAGGAGGAAGGUGCGGGGGAGAGGGACCGGGCUGGGGCGUGCAGUUUGGCCCGAGGGUCGGGAGCUGAAACUCAACACCGCCUGGGAAAGGAUCGUCCCCCUUCUCCGCAGCUUCCCCUUCCCCCUUCCUCCCCCUUCUCUUAAUCCCCUGGCCCGAGCCCCUCGCGAGAGGAGUGGGCCCGAGGGGAGGGGAGCUUGCAGAGGGGGAGCCGGAGCCCGGGCAGGGGAGGGAAGGGGCGCGGAGUGCAAGGCGCGAGCGGGGGCCCACGCGCGACCCCGGACCUUUUCUAACCCUCAGUGUCCCCCCAUCUCGACCCUAGGCGAUCCUACAGGACUGCUCCUCCCCCUUCUCUGUUCCCUUUGCUCUGUGGCUUUUUUCUUCGUUCCCCAAGUCCCUUGGAGCUUCCCUAAGCGUUGGGACGCGCCGAGGGCCCUGUCCAGGGUGUGUGAGCGGGGGACUGAGGCCCGUGGGGUGCUCGGGGCAAAGGGAGGUGCGAGCCCUUGAGCGCUGAGACCGAGAGGUGCCUGGCGGCCACCUCCAAGACCCCGCUGUGUUGAGUGUGGCCGGGAGAGCUCGCCCCGGCGCGGGCCUGGGCAGACGGCCCAGCCCCACCGCCACGCGCUCUUAGGCCUUUGGCGCCGGCCUUUGCGCUGACUUGAGCGAAUUUGGCGACACGCAGCUCAGUUGUCGCUCCUCCUCCUUCCCUGCGGGUCCCGCCGCAGUGCCCCGGCUGCCACGACCACAACCCUGGGAGCACCGCUCUGCGCCGCUGGGGGAGGGUUGGCCCCUAGAGUCGCUCGUCCAGCCCAACCACUCAGGCGGCUUCUCCCAGCCCUCGGGGCUAGCCUGAGCUGCCUGGAGAGGCGUCGAAAGCAGCCACAGCUCCUGUCUCUUAGCCUGGGAAGUGAGCUUUGGACCCAUGUGUGUCCAGGAGACCUCUACGACAGGACGCGGCAGCUGUGGGGGCCUGGAGCCCCGAGAGACCCUGGGGACAGUUUAGAGCGCGCCCCUUGGAUGAGGUCCCGCAGCGACGCCCAGGCCCGCCUUACUCCUCCUCCUGCUUGGCCAAGCUGCCUCCUAUUUGGAAAGUUUUGUGGGUUUUCUUUCUCUUCCUCCAACUUUGGGGGAGGCAUCUCCUCAAGCGCUACAGCUUGGGGUGUCCUUCUGGCUUGGAGGCCGGGAACCAUGGUGUGGGGCAGCCACCGCUAAAGUCAGCGAAACAGAGCCUAGCGUGAAGCAGGCGACGCUGGAGGGCAGAGCCAUGGCCAUUGCCACGUCGGCCCAGCUUGCCCGGGCACUGUACGACAACACUGCUGAGUCCCCCCAGGAGCUGUCCUUCCGCCGAGGGGAUGUUCUACGGGUACUGCAGAGGGAGGGUGCUGGUGGACUUGAUGGUUGGUGCCUUUGCUCCCUGCAUGGCCAGCAGGGUAUUGUCCCUGCUAACAGAGUGAAGCUCCUUCCUGCUGGCCCAGCACCCAAGCCUAGCCUCUGCCCAGCACCCCCCACCCAACCUGGCUCAUCAUGUCUGACCCCAGAGCGUGGCUGUGAGGAGCAAGAGGUGUAUGUGAUCCCACCACCAGCUCGGCCCUGCUCUGCCUCAGGACUUCCUAGACCCUGCUCGCCCUCUUCUGACUCCAUCUACAAGGUCCCCAGAGUCAAUGGGACACAGUCAACUGCCUCCAGAGAUGUGGGAGAGGUCUACGAUGUGCCUCCCAGCCUCCUCCGUGCUCCCUCCAACUGUCCCUAUGACUCCCCAGCCUCCUUUUCCUGUCCUGUGGCCCCAGUUGUACCACAGCCCCCUGGAGAGGGUGAAGCUCCCUACGAUGUGCCUCUGGCCUUGAAGCUACCCGCAGAACUGGAGCCAGAUCUGGAGUGGGAAGGGGGCCGGGAACCAGGGCCUCCCCUUUACGCUGCCCCUUCCAACCUGAAACGGGCCUCAGCUCUGCUCAACCUGUAUGAAGCACCUGAGGAACUGCUGGCAAAUGGAGAAAGCAGGGAUGCAGAGGAAGGCAUCUAUGAUGUGCCUCUGCUGGGGCCAGAACCACCGUCUCCAGAGCCCCCGCCAGCUCCUUCCUCCACCGACCUGGACACUGCGGCCCAGCUUCUGACCAGAAGCUCUCCACCCCAGCACAGGCCCAGGCUACCGUCCACUGAGAGCCUGUCCCGCCGCCCUCUGCCUGCCCUUCCUGUCACUGAGGCCCCUGCUCCUUCUCCAGCUCCUUCUCCUGCCCCAGGCCGAAAGGGCAGUAUCCAGGACAGGCCUCUACCCCCUCCCCCACCAUGCCUGCCUGGUUAUGGGGGCCUCAAACCUGAGGGAGAGGCAGAGUGCAGGGAGGUAGACAAUGAUUCAGCAGGCCCUCACAAUGAAUAUGAAGGCAUCCCGAUGGCUGAGGAGUAUGACUACGUGCAUCUGAAGGGUGUGGAUAAAGCUCAGGGUUCUAGACCCCUGGAUAAAGCUUUCCCAGCGGAUCCUGAAUUGCUGGAGCGGGGACUGACGGAACAGAAGGAAGCCCUGUCCCCAGAGGAGCCGCUGGUCCUGUCCCCUGGAGACUUACAGCUUCUGCACUUCUAUGCAGGACAAUGCCAGAGCCACUACUCAGCUCUGCAGGCUGCUGUGGCAGCUCUCAUGUCCAGUACCCAAGCCAACCAGCCGCCAUGUCUCUUUGUGCCCCAUGGCAAACGAGUGGUGGUGGCUGCUCACCGCCUGGUGUUUGUUGGGGACACCCUAGGCCGACUGGCAGCCUCCGCACCUCUCCGAGCACAGGUGGGGGCUGCAGGCACAAGACUGGCCCAAACUCUGCGGGCCGCUGUGCUUGCUGUCAAGGGGGCUGCCUUAGGUUACCCAUCUGACACUGCGGUCCAAGAGAUGUCACGAUGUGUGGCAGAGCUUGCAGGGCAGGCCCUUCGCUUUACCACCCUACUUGCUGGCCUGCUCCCCUGAGGGCCUGCUGGUCUAGCCUUACCCUCCGCUGCCUGCCAGAGCCCUGUGCUCCAUGUUGAGGGCGGCUAGAGGUUCAUCUCUUUCGGUCAUUUUGGCCCCUCCCUGAGGCAUCUCUUCCCCCAUACCUACUGCUUUUUUUUUUUGUAUGAGCCAUUUUGUAUAAAUUAUUUAUAUUUAAUAUUUCUCGCUUUGUCCAAGCAGGCAUCAGGCCAUCUGGGGUAGGGAGGGACUCUGACUGGGUCCUCAUCAUCCUGGGUGGAGGUUGCAGUACUGCCGUCUGCCUUGGGAGUUUGGAACACAGAGAAUCAGGUGGCUAACACUUGGUGCCAUGCAGAGCCUCUCUCCUGUUUCCUGGCUGAAAGUGCUGAUGUAAUAGUGUGGGAAACACUGGAGAGCUUCUCCCCCACAGGUCAGGAGAGCUGGCCACAGGCAUGGCGUGCCUCUCAAUAAACCCUGCCCUUGCCCUACGG